AUGAAUAGACCGCCGCAGAAUAGACCGCCACAGGGCCCUGGACGUGGUCAGACACAGGUGGGUGCGACUUGGUAUCCAGGGGGCCAAGACGACUUCUACAUGCCAGAGGUCAUCUCCCCUGCCCCUCAAAGAGUCCUAAUUAAGCCUGGCAGGGUCAUGCCCGAAGUCCCUGAGAACAUGCAAGACAACAUUGCGCAAAUGGAGUACAGCACUCGUGAUCCGCGCCGCGCCCAGCAAUCCCCAUCGCAGCAGUAUCACCAACAGUUUCCCGAGCGCUCUUCCUCCACUGUACAGGGCCAACCGCUACAGGCGCAUACUCAAGACCACGGAGCUUACGCGCAAUCUGCCACCUACGAUACUAUGGACCAUCCAAACUUCUCUCCUUUCCCCGUUCUGCGGAACCCCCCGCCUAAUGUUCCUCCCACGGAUGAGCAGCGAGAAGCUAACCUGGAGCGCGCCCGCAUCGGUGUCUUGUCUACCACAGACCCGGAAAUGCAAUUGGCCUGGGCACAGGAUGCUCUCGCCUACGUAGAGGUGGCCGCACAGAAUGAUUCUCGAUUGUCUUUGACUCAACCUCCGCGCCCGCAUACUCCUCAGGUGGAACGUCAAUUGAAAACUGACGCCAUGAACAUCGUGAGCUUUUUGGCAGAGCAGCGCCAUCCUAAGGCUGAAUUCAUCAAAGGCAUGUGGCUUGAAUUUGGCAAAUUUGGCCAUCGGGUUGACCGGAAGGAGGCCUUCCGAUGCUAUUCCAGAGCUGUAGAGAAGGGGUACGCGCGCGCCGAGUACCGCAUCGGAAUGCAGUUUGAGAGCUCAGGAGAACCUGAGAAAGCGAUCAAGCACUACGAGCGGGGUGUGGCUAUGUCAGACUCCGCUUCGUAUUACCGUCUGGGUAUGAUGGUUCUCCUCGGACAGCACGGCCAACCCCAGGACUUCCACCGAGGGUUGGAAUAUAUACGAUUGGCAGCUCAAUCGUGCGACCAGAAUGCACCGCAGGGCGCUUAUGUCUAUGGCAUGCUGCUUGCCCGAGAGCUUCCCCAAGUCAGCGUUCCUGAAGAUUUUCUCCCUCUUGAUCUUAAUACCUCUCGUGUCAACAUUGAGAAGGCUGCCUACCAUGGAUUUGCCAAAGCUCAAGUGAAAAUGGGUGCUGCCUAUGAACUUUGCCAGCUUGGCUGCGACUUCAACCCAGCACUGUCCUUGCACUACAAUGCGCUGGCAGCACGCCAGGGUGAACCAGAGGCAGAAAUGGCCAUUAGCAAAUGGUUCCUCUGCGGACACGAAGGUGUUUUCGAAAAAAAUGAUGAGUUGGCAUUCACCUAUGCUCAGCGUGCUGCUCAGAGCGGCCUGCCCACUGCUGAAUUUGCCCUGGGUUACUUCUAUGAAGUCGGUAUUUUUGUCCCAGUGGAUAUCAAAGAAGCCCGAAGCUGGUACGCCAAAGCAGCAGCUAGCGGCAAUAAGGAUGCCUCUAGUCGCAUUGACAGCAUUUCCCGUUCCAAGACGCUGUCCAGGAAGGACCACGAGAAAGUUGCUAUUUCCCGUAUUAAGUCGACCCGGUAUGUUGCUCACCAACGCGGAAGCUCUAUCGACGCACAAUCGGAGAAUAUUGAGAUGCCUGACCCCUCCCGGAUGACACUCUCCGAUAACCCUCCGUCCUCUCCUUACCCUGAUCGACCUGCUUCUCGUACCCGACCUCGACCGCCCGGUCAGCCUAAUAGUUACCAAAUGCCUGAUCAUCGACCUAGCUCAGCGUUUGGGGUCAACCCGAAUCUUCGCACAAAUGGGUCGGGCUAUGGUGGUGCACCUAGCCCAGCUAUGCAUCGCAACCCGUCCUAUGGACGCCCACCCUCUGGGCCUGGUGGACCUGGCGGACCUGGCUCAAUGGGUUAUCGUCAGCCUAGCAAUGGUCCGCCCAUGACCCCUGUCAGUGCACCAGGUGGACCAAUGAGUCCACAUGCGAACAUGGUCAGUCCUGGUGGAACACCUCGAUUGGAUAUCGGAUAUUCUGCACCCAUUCCACCACCAGGUCAACGACGUCCGCAACCCGGACGAUUUGACUCCAUGCCUGCCGAUAUGAGACCAGUCCGGACACCCGUUUCUGCACCCGGUUCAACUAUGACCUCGCCUCAAGGAAUUAUGCCUCCUCCCGGAGUGAUGCCUCACGCCGGGCCAUCUUCUCGCCCUGGAUCAUCUCCCCGACCACCCAUAUCCCCUGCCUCUUCAAACUUCCCUCCUCGGCAGUCAUCAACGCCACAGCCACCCAGCGGUCCACCAUCCAAGCCACCACAACAGAAACCCGCUCAAAAGCCCCCAGCUAAAGGCCCCAAGACUUUUGAAGAAAUGGGAGUUCCAAGUGCAAAGAACGACAGUGACUGCGCCAUCGAAGUCUCCGCAAACCUGCGCAACAAGGUUUCCAAGAUCCAAGCUGCCAAGCUUCUACGAGACUUGCAUCAGAAUGGCGAGAUUGAAGGAAAGACUGCAGGAAAACAAGUUGUCUAUCAUGCCAUACAGGAUCCAUCCCAAAGUGCAACUCCUGAGACGAUUGCAGCUAUCAACCAGGAAAUCAAAACGCUCCAAGAUGAACUUGUGACUAUCAAGACAGGUGAAAAGAAGGUUCGAGCAGCUCUUACAGCUCUCGAGGCCAAACCAAGAAUAUGUGACCUUCAACAGGAGGUCCACCAACUGAAAGAGCAAUGGGAUACUAUCCAAGCACGGGUAUCGAAAGCACAAGGUGAUACCCUUCAGAUACCGGUUGAGGAGAGAGACAAGUUGGAGAAAGAAUGGAAACAGUGGCAACGUCAUGCCACGGUACGACGACGUCUUUGCCGUGACCUGUGGGGAAAGUGUACCGAGUAUCUACCGGAUGACCUGGCGGCCUCUGAUCUAUGGGUGAGUUGA